CACGCGCACACACACACACACACGCACACACGUUGGUGAGCCGAGAGCGCUUUCUGUCUUUCAUUCAUCCCAGUGAAGGCUGCUCCCACUUUCUUCGUCUUCUUCAUCAUCACCACCAUCAUCAUCUCUCACCCUGCUCCUCCUCUUCCUCCCUCGCGCUGGGAUAGCUCACUUUGUUUUUGUUUUCUCUCUCCGCGGUGCCUUUUCGGUCGGAGUAGUAGUGGAUGAUAUCAACAGAGCAGCGUUUCUUCUUUCCUCCGCGCGAUACUACGGGCUACCGAGGAGUCGCUAGAGGACACGCACAUCACGACAGAGAGCAACGCGAGGGAGUUCUGUUUUUUUUAUUCUUUAUUUAUUAAUUUCUUCCGGAGAGGACGACGUGAUUUCUUGCAAGAAAAACACACAGAAUACAUCGACUGAAGAGCAGCGCCACCUGCCAAGACUGCUGUUGUAUGUGAGGGAUUUUAAAGGACGUUAAAGGAUUACAGGGCAGUUGGCGGAUGGUUGACGGUCUCGUCAAGAGGAGUCACUGCCUCUGCGCAAGUCUGAGAUGAAGAUGAAGUCUUCAGGCGUCGUGGAUGGAGGCUUGUUCACAGAGAGCUAUUGUAACAUCUGCAAUGCCCAGCUCAUCUCCGAGUCCCAGCGCACCGCUCACUACGAGAGUAAGAAACAUGCCAACAAGGUACGUCUGUUCUACAUGCUUCACCCUGAAGAUGGAGGACCUCCUUCCAAGCGACUGAGGCCAGAUAAUCCAGACUGUGCGGAGACAGAGGUGGACAGAAACAAGUGCUGUACCUUGUGUAACAUGUUCUUCACCUCAGCCAUCGUGGCCCAGUCACACUACCAGGGCAAAACCCACGCCAAGAGAGUCCGCCUGGUGCUGGGGGAGCCGCCCAACCUGCCCUCAGCCAUGACCAGCCCUGCAAACACAGACUCCUCUCCGUCCACACCGGUCCCCGCAGACCCUACUGCAUGCCCCCCUCCUCCCACCACCCUGCCCUGGCCCAUGGGGGUGGUCGGUGGCAACGGCGGGAGAGAAGCAGGAAAGUACUGCUGCCUAUGCGGAGCCUGGUUCAACAACCCGCUGAUGGCCCAGCAGCACUACGAGGGCAAGAAGCACCGCAGGAACGCCGCCAGGGCACGUCUCUUGGAGCAGCUAGCGGGCAGUCUGGAUGCCACGGAGAGCACAGGUUUGCGCAGUAGUUACUCCUGCAGUGUCUGCAGUGUUGUCCUCAACUCCAUCGAGCAGUACCAUGCACACCUCCAGGGCUCCAAGCACCAGAACAACGGCUCUAGAGACAAGACGGAAGUAAAGACAACAUGUGGAGAGAGCACAGCCUGAAGCAACACCAGCAGUAAGCCACGGAGACAGGCCGCUGUGGAAAGACGAAGAGAAGAAGAAGACAGAGAUUAUUGGAAUAAGCAGAAAAAAAAAGAGGACUCGUGUCACAGACUGAAGCUUUUGAGAAAGUAGUGCAAAGAAACUUCAGUGUGUGUGUAUGUGUCAAAGUGUGUGAAUGUGUGUGUGUGUGUGUGUGUGUACAGAUGUCAUGGGCAUCCGUGCAUGCAUCUGCAGUAUGCAUGUGUGGGUCAUAUUGAGUGUGUUUACUUCUAUCUUUGAUCUAAAAAUAUAUCUCUGAGAUUUAUUCAACACCUAAGUGUUUGAUAUAAGUUCUCGACACCGACAGUUGCAGAAGACUUGCGGCUGCAUAUUGCCAUAAAACUCCCGUGUGAACCACAAUCCUAAAAUCGAACUGAUGUCAGUGCGUUGCCCAGAGUGGUAAUAACCGUUACAAUGAUAGUCAUAGAGCAGCAGUAGUAAUAACUCUGUAACAAGCUGUCCCCCAAGUGCUCUGACAGUGCUCCAAGUCUGAACACAGUCUUCUGUUUACAUGCACUACAUAUUCAGUGAGGCAGACAGUGGCACAUGCAUGGCUCACUUUCAGACCACUUGGGUCUACUCAGGCCCAGACUUUCACAUCCAAGGAAACGAAAACUCCCGACAACCUCAGCCAUUACAGAUUGCAUGAAUUUCCAUAACUUUAAAAGGAUAUUUUUUUAUUUGAAUCUUGUGUGGUCUCUAAUUGUAGUUGUUGGCGUGACUUUUUUUUCUCUUUCUUUUUAUUUUUUAUUUUUAAUGGCAUCAUUUUAAAUCCCAUCUUUUCAUAUAUUCCAAGCUAUCAAAAUGUGGAGAUGUGUCAUCGGAGAAGAGCAAAACUCCUUCAUGGUAUUAAAGGUCUGUGCAACCUUGUGAAUCAUCUACUGUUGAACAUUCCCAUAGCACUGAAUACUGAUGUCAGAUGCAGCCCAAAGGUGACAAACAUUCUCUUCUUUGUGGAGACGGGCAACUUGUAGAUAAUAGAUUUUUUUAUUUUUCUGUUGCUAUGGCCAGAGAAAAAACACUUCCCAAAUCAUGUAGCAGCCAAUGUCAAUACAAAUGGAAAGUAAUCCAAUGCAUGAAAGAUGUAAGACGUUGCAUUCACUUGCCUUUUUGAAACCUAUUGCUUGCGCGUUUUGGCAAUAGCGCUGCUUUCUAGUGAUAGCUUCGUAAUGCAUUACUGCACCUGCCUGCACCUGAACAAAGAGGUCACCUUUAAGUACUGAACUGGCUUCUUUUUGACAUCUAAUUUAUCCAUCAAAAACAGAAGCUUUUUGAUACUUUGAGAUCAAAGCAGCUCUUGGUCUUGUCUUCAGAUUGUCUGUAGAGGAAGAUUCAAAGAGAGGGCUUGUAGCAUCACAACAGGAACAGAAGAAGACAUGCUCCAUUCUUGUUAAUGGUACUUCUUCUUUGAAAGAACAGGAUUGCAAAGCACAGCACCUACAGUUUAGCUGCCGUUAUUUUUUGUUUUCUUCCUGCGUAAAAAGUGUUUUUAUGUUACGAUAUAAGUUCGUUCAAGGUGAAAGGAUUGAACUAUGAAUGACGCCAUUACAUGUAUUUUUCAUCUAUUGACAUAUGGAUGAGUUAGGAUUUAUGCAAUCACACUGUAAUAUUUACAACCAUACAUUGUGGGCUUGAAGUGAAAUAGAUUUAUGAAGCAAAAAAAAAAAAAAGGUGUUUUAUGUGUAAAUAAGCGGUAGCUGCAGGUGACGUGUUUUAAAAAGUACAAGAGUUUUGUAUUCAUAGUGUUUAUCUGCACUGAACUACAGGGUGAUAAGGGAAAUGUGUUUCUUAUUGAUAUUAUUGAACGAUAGAUACUAAUGUGCUGACACUGAAAUAAAAUGUCUGUUGAUAGGUCAUGUUUUUGUACGGAUAACAAGUGAUAAUUAACCCGGAGUCCGUGAUGAUGGACCAAAAUCUAAUAAACUGAGGAGUGAUCCGCCUCGCAAAGACGGAUUUUUAUAACAGUUGUUUUCACGAGGACAACGCCAGACUCAGCACAAAGACUGACCAGACAGAAAAACAUCAGAUGUGGAAGUGGUUUGCCAGUGGAUUCUUGCAGCAGCCAAAAGGACGGAGGAGGACUACAAACUGUCGGAUUACCACGUGAAGUGUCAAAUGACCAAUCCUUCUGCUGUCAGUGAUGCUGGAAGAAAAACACAACAGCAAGAAGUGGUUUGGCAUUUCUUGCUGCGCAUCAUGACUGUUUGGAUGAUUAUUUACACCCUCUCCAGCACUGGUGUAUUCACAAUAGAAGCGCUGUCUGUGUGUGCUGACAUCACAGUCCUGUGCAGAGGAUGACUGUGCCGUGAGUCACAUAUUUUAACAGAUGUUACAUAAUAUAUGACAGAGAUGUUAUCUAUGGGUAGGGAUUGUGUGAUAUGAUGCUUGCGGGUGGGUGUCUGUGUAUGUGAAGCUGUCAACUGCGCUGGCAGUGGGAGACUCUCUGUGAGCUGUGUACUGUGAGCACAUUUGUAAACACACCUGAUGAAGAAUACAAGAAACAAGACAACCAUAUCUAUUUUCUCUUUCAAAACCA